CUUGAUCGGGUCGAUGUAGCCGCUGGUUGCCUUGACUCGGUCCAUGAUGUUGCCUCUAUAUAUUAGUUAUGCGUAUUGACAGACCAUUCAUGCCACCACCGUAUCCACAACUUGAGGAAAUACAAAGUCCUUCAAUAUGCCAGUUUCUUCCACCUUCCCCCCAAUCGACAUUCCCAACGUCGAUAUAUGGAGCUUUCUCUUCGAACGAAAAGACAGACCCUACCCAGAUGAUAAGAUCAUAUACCAGGACGCCGAGACACAACGCCACUACACCUACCAGACUCUGAAGCAACGCAGUCUUACGUUUGGACACGGCCUGCAAAUAACUUUCCAAUGGAAGCAGGGUGAUGUACUCGCGCUGUUCUCCCCUAAUAGCAUUGACACCCCGGUCGUAACAUGGGGGACGCUGUGGGCCGGGGGAAUAAUAUCUCCUACGAACCCUGUGUACACAGUCGAUGAACUCGCAUUUCACCUGCGCGACUCUGGCGCGAAGGCACUAGUUACUUAUAUGUCAGUGCUAUCAGUUGCAAAGGCAGCUGCUAAAAAGGUGGGACUGCCAGAGGACCGUAUCCUCCUCCUUGGAGACCACCACGACCCGGAAAACAGAACCAGGCACUUCUCCUCAAUCGGAACUCUUCCUAGGAUGAGCGCAGAGCGCCCGAUUGUCGAGCCCUCGAGAACAUGUGCCUUCAUCGUUUACUCGUCAGGUACAACGGGGCCCCCGAAGGGCGUUGCGUUAUCGCACCGAAACAUCGUUUCCAAUGUUCUACAGGCGAGCGCCGGCGAGGGAGGAAACCUUACCUGGAACGGCGGCAGCGACGGACAGGGCGAUCGAGUUCUGGGUUUUGUGCCUUUUUCUCACAUAUAUGGGCUCCUGCGUCUCCUCCACGCCCCCUUGUAUACUGGGUAUCAGGUAUUUGUAAUGGAAAAGUUCGAAAUUGAGAAAUGGUGCGCGUAUAUCCAAAACUACCGCAUCACGUUCAGCUACGUCGUUCCCCCAGUGGUACUGCUUCUGACCCAGCACCCGGCCGUGGAAAAGUACCAUUUGUCGAGCCUGCGGAUGCUAAACUGUAGCGGUGCACCGCUCACACUGAAACUUGUUGAAGCCACAUACGCGCGCUUAGGUGUUGGGAUCAAGCAGGGAUACGGCUGCACGGAAGUCAGUCCAACAAGCCACAACCAGUCCUGGGAAGACUGGCAUAGCACGAUUGGCUCAGUGGGUAAAUUGCUGCCGAAUAUGGAGGCCAAGUACAUGAGUAUGCCAGAGGAGGGAAUCGACUCGGAACCAGCAGAAGUCAAAACAGGCGAAGUGGGCGAGCUGUUUCUACGCGGCCCAAAUGUCUUUUUGGGGUAUCAUAAUAACCCCCAGGCCACUGCCCAGACGCUUUCGGCAGAUGGGUGGCUUCGGACUGGCGACGUGGGCUACCAGGAUGAGAAUGGGCACUUUUACAUUACUGAUCGUGUGAAGGAGCUGAUCAAGUACAAUGGGUUUCAAGUUGCUCCGGCAGAGCUAGAGAGUAUUCUAGUACACCAUGAUGCCGUUGCUGAUGUGGCAGUGAUUGGAAUUCAGAGCGAAGAGCACGGUACCGAAGUCCCGCUUGCUUUUGUCGUUCGCAGUGAAAAUAGCAUUUCUUCUGGAACCCCAGCGGAAGAGGAAGCUCGGAAUAUUGCUCGAUGGUUGGAAGAUAGGGUUGCGUACUACAAGCAGUUGCGAGGCGGCGUUCACUUUGUUGAUAGCAUUCCAAAAAGCCCCAGCGGGAAGAUCCUGAGACGGCUGCUCAAGAAUCAGGUACAAGAGACGUUCAGCAAAGGAGUUAGUGCGAGGUUGUAGAUAUAGCUCAUUUAGCUCGGUUGGAUAUCUUCGCGUUUAGAUGUUCCAUCAGAUAGAUUAUGCCGCCAGUGUGAUGCUCAAGACGACAUACCAAUCUACCUAGACGACGAAAAGUGGGCACUUUCCGCCAG